AGUCAUAUUUAGUAGGAAACAACUUUUUCAGCAUUAUCAUAUCAUCAGAUUUUCUUUAGACAGAUGGUAAUGUUGUCAUUAGCUAUUAAAGUUUGUCAAACAGAGCUAAAAAUGCUAACUUUAUCCAGCUAAAAUCCAGUGGCCUCCCCUCAAUCUUAGCUAGCUAAUGUUCUACUGCAUCUAAAGUCAAUAUGUUGACCUCAAAAUGAUGACAAAAGGUUUUCCUACUAAUUAUUUGCCUCCUUCUGAAUUUCAUUGUAUUUCCAAGUCACUGUAAUGCACUUUUGAUUAAAUCUUCAUCAGCACUCAUUGACGAUGCAUUGCGUAGAAUGCUCAGUUGGGUAUCAGUCCAAAACAAAUGUUCAAAACAAUAUUUUGACAAAACAUGCAACCAAUGAAUUGAUAAGGUAUGACAUCAACCCAUGCUUUGGUUUUGUUGGCCAUGGUUUCAAAUGCUAACUUAAGCAUUUGUGGCACAAAUCCAAUUCAAGUCAAUGGUACCUAUAUUAGCAUUUUCACACUUCAUGUUUGCCACAAAUGCAAAAAAAGUUAGCAUUUGAAACAGUGGCCAGGUAAACAAAAUAAUGGCUUGCUGUCAUACAUUGUUCAUAGACUGCUUACAUAGUAAGGAAAUCAAUAUGUAAUUUGGGUGAACUAUCCCACCUCUUACCUCCACCAGACACGCAGGCGUCCCAUCUAGACAUCUGGAAAUGCAAAUGCGCUACGCUAAAUGCUAAUAGCACUCGUUAAAACUCAAACGUUCAUUAAAACACACAUGCAGGGUACUGAAUUAAAGCUACACUCGUUGUGAAUCCAGCCAACAAGUCAGAUUUUUAAAAUGCUUUUCGGCGAAAGCAUGAGAAGCUAUUAUCUGAUUGCAUGCAACACCCCUAAAGACCCGCAGGGGACGUAAACAAAAUAAUUAGCAUAGUCGGCGCUACACAAAAUGCAAAAAUAAAAUAUAAAACAUUCAUUACCUUUGACAAUCUUCUUUGUUGGCACUCCUAGAUGUCCCAUAAACAUCACUAUUGGGUCUUUUUUUCGAUUAAAUCGGUCCAUAUAUAGCCUAGAUAUCGAUCUAUGAAGACUGUGUGAUCAAGGGAAAAAACAGCGUUUUAAAACGCAACGUCAUUUUUUUUUAUUAAAAAGUUGACGAUAAACUUUCACAAAACACUUCGAAAUACUUUUGUAAUGCAACUUUAGGUAUUAGUAAACGUUAAUAAUCGAUCAAAUUGAUCACGGGGCGAUGUAUAUUCUAUAGCUCUACGUCUUGAAAUAAUGUCCGGAUAAAUCUCAACCAAAAUAUCCUGUUGGAGACCGGAAGAAAUGGGCUGUCUCUUGUUCGUUUGACCAAGAAACAAAGCCUAGGCAAAUGACAAGACUGUUGACAUCGUGUGGAAGCUGUAGGUAUUGCAACCUCGGCUCCAGGUAAUGUGGUUUCCAUUCAACAAUACAUUCAAGUGGCGCAUUGAUAUAUUUUCCAGUGAUCAGAUUUUCCUGCGCUUUUCGAUGAAACGCACGUUCUGUUAUAGUCACAGCCGUGAUUUAACCAGUUUUAGAAACGUCUGAGUGUUUUCUAUCCACACAUACUAAUCAUAUGCAUAUACUAUAUUCCUGGCAUGAGUAGCAGGGCGCUGAAAUGUUGAGCGAUUUUUAACAGAAUGUUCGAAAAAGUAGGGGGUAGGAUGAAUAGGUUAAACAUUGAGGGGUUCUUAAAAAAAAUACUUAAAAGCUGGAACAGCACCAUUUAGUGGUCAGAACCUGGUAUUAUCAGGAUGUGGGAUGGGACAUAAACCUAACAACGUCAAUGACUAAUUGAACAGGGAAAAACAAAUUCACUGAAAAUACAUUACAUAGGAUGAAGAAACAAUACUCCAAGCUGCAGCUCCAUACUGCUUGUCAAACACAGAACUGAUACUGUAUAGUCCUUGUUGGGAUUAGUGUGGUGGGUCCGUGGGAGGCUUUUGACAAUUUCUUUGGAUUCUUCAUGUCUUACUCAUUGUUAGAAAAAAAGUUUGGUCCAAAUCAAAUGUUAGUUCCUAUAUUUAUUGAAUAUAAUACAAUUAAAAUUGCCAAUUUGAAUGCGAAUGUUAUCCGUUACUAGCAACAAAAUAGGUUUCAGAACAAUCGUGUGGCGUGUAGGAGAAUACUAUAAGCCCUAGGCCUAUAUUGUCUCAACUGACUUUUUCCAAUGGCUCUCCUUAGGUUUUGACUAUAGCCUAUAUGUAGUAUUGUCUGUCACACCGACAGUAUUUGAGGCUUUUCAUUUGGGUUUAUUAUCUGAGUGGUCUUGCAAUGUAACCAAUAGACAUGUUUUCCUCGGGACUGUCUAAAUAUGGUUUAAAUGGACCCUAGUAAUCCCAUAAUGACUGCCAAAUCGGCACUCUCUCUCACCAUAAUCCCCUUUUGGAAAAAUCUCUCAUCUGGUGAACAACAGUGACACACUGUCUCUUUAAGAAUGAGAAGAAUGACCUGUCUAUUGUGACAUUACAGACACAUCACUGUGGAAUAGCAGCAGAGGAACCGUCUGCAAAUACAAUAUUUUGAGAGCCUCUCAAUCUGCAGUGUCUGGAUGCCAAGGGUGCAGAAGUUAGGCUACUGGUGUGUUUUUCUGAGCCAGCUUGAUCAUACCUGAGCCAGCUUGAUCUUAUUCAUUGAGUUUUCCCUCUGGAGUUUUUCUUGUUUGGAAAGCCCUUUGAUGGUGGAAAGAGGAUGGACCAUGGCAGCCAGCAGCAGCAGCAGCAGCACCCAGCCAUGAUACGGCUCUAUGAGGUCCAGCGGGAGGUCCAGUCUCUGGGCCCUCAGGUGUGCACCUUCAGCGGGUUGAAAAACGAGCGGGAGUAUCGGCGGCUAGAGCGCGAGCUGACCCGGCUGCUCCUGGAGGUCGACCAGGUGGACACGGAGGGCAGGGCAGACCUACAGGGGGCACGCAAGAGAGCAGCCCAGGAGGUAGAGGGGCUGCUGCGCUACCUUGAGGAGAACGCCACCCACCCGUCCCGCCUGGCCAUCGAGGAGCUGAGCCGGGAGGCCCAGGGGCUGGUGGAGCAGGGGGUGGUGGAACCGCAGCGGGCCGGGGGCACAGCAGAGAUCAGUGAUGAGCUGGUGGAUGCCGUGCAGGAGCUGAUACUGAGGCUCACCCAAGUGAAGACAGGAGGGAGGGUGCCCCUCCGUAAAGCUCGCUAUCGGGCCCUGACACGACUGUGUGCCGUGCAGGACGUGAUCGAGGGGCGCACGCGCCAGCAGACCCUCCCCCUGUCAGAAGAUACACACGUGGCUGUGCAGAGGAUCAACCAGGUGAUGAUGCAGGUGAGCGGGGCGCGCAGCCAGCUGGUGGCACUGCUGAUGGGGCUGAGUGGGAGGGAUAGCUGUGCCCACCUGUCCCGCGUGCUCACUGAGCUCCUGGUGGAGCUGGAUGCCCUCGAUGUGUCAGGGAACGCAGCGGUCCGGAACUACCGCAAACAGGUGGUGGAGGAGAUCAACGGUCUGCUCAAACACCUGGACCUGGAGGGAGAGGGAGACGACACGCGCAGGUAUGACUUGGCGCAGAAUGACUCAAUCCGUCAGAUUGAGGCUGUGCGGGGUCGGGUGGGCCAGCUGCGCGGGGAGGUCCUGCGACACUGUGGGGUGGGUGACCUCUUCAGGCCCAAGCCUGAGCUCCAGAGUCUCCUCACACACCUGGACCAGGUGGACACGGCCCGUAACCCCUGUAUCCGUGAGGCCCGCCGACGUGCUGUGCUGGAGGUCCAGGCUGUCAUCACCUUCCUGGACCUCCGUGAGGCCCUGAUCUGCCGCCAGCCUGGCUCCAACGAGCCCCCACAACACAGGGCUGUGUGGAUGGUCCUGGGCAGCCUGUCAGACCUCCAGGCCCAGGUACUCUGCUUCAACGGCAAGCGGGCCGACAAGAGCUACAUAUUGCUUGAGGAGCUUCUAACUAAACAGCUGCUGGCCCUGGAUGCAGUUGACCCACAGGGUGAUGAGAUGACCAAAGUGGCCCGCAAGCAGGCAGUCAAGUUUGCCCAGAACAUCCUCAGCUAUCUGGACAUGAAGACAGACGAGUGGGAAUACUGAUCCACUGGAAAAGACUAUACAUAGCUGAAGUAUGCGUACGCCGACCUAUUAAAUUGUAUAUAUACACUGGUGUAUCAUCACUAAGAGUUGGGGUCUGUACAUUUUGACUAAAUCCCAGAAUGCACUGCAGCAGCGCUUUUGGUCUCUUUGUUGUCAUUGUCGCUGGCCUGUGGGUAAAAACAACAACCCAAGAAACAUUUUGUGAAAUACAAUUUGGAGAAAAGUGUUAUGACGUGCUUUUGAAAGUUUGAGCAUCUUUUUGAAAUCUACUGUAUGUGUAUGAGUUUUGAUCAGUGUUGUUGUGUGGUUCUAAAGCCUGCGGCCAAAAGCACUGAAGCCUGUUAUGGUGGUGGUCAGAGUAGUUAAGAUCCAGCCACGUCGUCUGUUUUUCAAAAGCAGGAGUGGGACUAGAGUAAUUACAUCUCAAUGGUAUCCAUGUUUUGCUUGACUACUUUGGAGGUCAGUUGUAAAUUAACUCAGCCAAACGAUGUCUGUGAUGUCUCAAAAUACUUCUUUACCGAGAUGAACAGAGAGUGUACAUCAGCACUGUGAGACAAGAUCUUCACCUGUUCAUUUUGCUUAUCCUCUGCUCUCUUUCUUCCUUUAAUCAACACUUCUGAGGCAAACUCCCCAUAACCAUGGCUGGACACACCAGUCUCUGGCAACUGUUCAGGUGACAAAUGGAAAGGAGAGCUUCUUCAUGGCUUUACCCACUGUCCUCCAUGGGCAUGGAACUCAGUGAAGUUAAACAGCCUGUGAGAUCCUUUGUCAACUUGGAGGGUUAGUUAAAGGCCUAGUUAUAAAGAAUGAAUAUUUGUAGACAUGAUCAAUUACUAUGUUUGUCUGUAAUUUGUAGCUAAAUGUUGAUUGUGACUUGUGUGUUUGCGAGGCUAUAUCUUGUCUGCAUUGAAUUUAGUGAAGGGGAAAAACAGAGUGUGGAGGUGGUUUUGUUUUUGUCUGUGACUUUUCUAUUGUCAGAGGAGUAUGUCUGGGAGCCCUGGUGAGGGUCACUGAUUUUUACCUUACUAUUAUUAUAGCUGUUGACAGUGAUCACAGUGGACAGGGCAGUCUAAAACCGCUUCAGCAGAGGUAGGGAGCUAUUAGUUUUUAAAAAAAAUCUGUUUUUAUCCCAAACAAAGCAACCCCCACCAUACUCCACACACAAGCUAGGGAGGGACUGGCUGCUACCUUUUACAAAAGAAUCCUGAAUGCACAAAGACCAGAAAAACUAAAUGGGUGACAGGAGCACCUAGGCUAUUGUCACCGUGAGAAAUUUGCACUUUUUACAAAUUUUCAGUAUUAUACCUCAACUGUUCGUAAAUGGACCCCUGCAUGCCUGGUAGAUAGCCCUAAGUACUAACAGAGCAUAAACAGUCCUCAGUUAACUCCCACAGAACUCCCAGACUCUCAACAUGACAGGGGUUAUUCAACCCUUCCCCUGCUGCUGUUGAAAAACAUAUGGCACAAAAACAGUGAAAUCCAGCUACACGGACAUGGGAUGUCUGACUCAUGAGUGAGAUAAUGAUUUGAUUAGACAGUGUUCAGUGUGGCCUUCAUGUAAUGGGUGUUUGUUCACACAGCAAACCUAAUGCUGUCUCAAAACAACCAACCCUGCCAGAUCAGAGGCUAAAACACUAGCUACUGUUAUAAUUCUCCUCUUGAUCUGCUCACGUACCAGUAGGUGUGAUUAUCAACACACAGUUGCACACAACCUUGCAAAAAUGUAACAUACCUCUUAUCUGAAAGCAAUGCAAGGUGUUCUAUCUGAACUACGUAUGCAUCAGUUGCAUCCAGUGUUUGAAAAUGCAUUGAACAUUUUAGGGGUAGAAUGUAUAAUUUUGUCAGUGAAGAAUACCAAAGCUGAUUUAUUUCAAGGAAACUUUUUUAUGUUCUUUACUCUGUGGUGGACCUUUUGGUUUGCUUAUUUUGCAAAUGGCAGGAAUGUCUGUGGGGUACAGUAUUAAAUGUUUUAAUUUGACGAUCUGUUUCUCCAGUCGCCUUUGACUAAGUGGAUUGUGACAGGCUCUGCUGUGUUUCUCAUACAAGAUGCACGUGUACAAACGCACACUGAGGUUUAAAUGAUGUGUGAAUGCUUCAAUAAUAGGUUUGUUUGACUUUUUAUUCCCACUCCAAAAUAAAUUUAAAAAAGGUGUGUCCCGGA